CGCUCCAUUGCCGUUAGCAGCAGCGGCGCGCGCGCGCGGCCCUCCCGGCGAACGUUCCGUCCCCAGCGGCGCGCGCGGCCCUCCCGGGGAACGUUACACCAGCGGCGCGCGGGCCCCGCGUGCAGCUGGAGCCGGGAGAAGCGAGGAGCGGGAAGGGGGGAGCGGCCGCCAUGUCGGGCUCGGCGGCCUCGGCCGAGGCGGGCGGCCCCGGCGGGGAGAAGCGGCCCGAGGCGCUGGAGCUGCUGGAGAAGUGCGGCGUGUGCCGCGAGCGGCUGCGGGCCGAGCGGGAGCCCCGCCUGCUGCCCUGCCUCCACUCCGUCUGCCGGGAGUGCCUGCGGGCCGAGCCGGCCGCCGCCGCCGACGGGGAGGCCGCCAACAACAAAGAGGGACAAGUAGUGGACUGCCCUGUGUGCAAACACCAGUGUUACCUCAAGGACAUCGUGGAGAACUACUUCCUGAGAGACAGCGGGGCGGAUGCAGCCACAGACAGCAAGGAUGCCAACCAGUGCUGCACCAGCUGUGAUGACAACGCCCCUGCUACCAGCUACUGUGUGGAGUGCUCAGAGCCGCUGUGUGAGACGUGUGUGGAAGCCCACCAGAGGGUGAAGUACACCAAGGACCACACAGUCAGAUCCACAGGCCCUUCGAAGUCAAAAGAGGGUGAGCGCACAGUCUACUGCUCCGUGCACAAGCAUGAGCCCCUGGUGCUGUUCUGUGAUACCUGUGACACUCUGACCUGUCGGGACUGCCAGCUCAAUGCCCACAAGGAUCACCAAUACCAGUUCUUGGAGGAUGCUGUCAGGAAUCAGCGUAAGAUGCUGGCUGCGCUGGUGAAGCGUCUGGGGGACAAGCACGCCAACCUGCAGAAAUCCACCAAGGAAGUGCGCACCUCGAUCCGGCAGGUGACGGAUGUGCAGAAGCGGGUGCAGGUGGAUGUGAAGAUGGCCAUCCUGCAAAUCAUGAAGGAGCUCAACAAGCGGGGCAAGGUGCUGGUCAAUGACGCACAGAAAGUGACCGAGGGGCAGCAGGAGAAGCUGGAGCGCCAGCACUGGGCCAUGACAAAGUUGCAGCGCCAUCAGGAGCACAUCCUGCGUUUCGCCUCCUGGGCCCUGGAGAGUGACAACAACACUGCCCUGCUGCUUUCCAAGAAACUGAUCUACUUCCAGCUGCAUCGUGCCCUCAAGAUGAUUGUAGACCCUGUGGAACCCCAGGGGGACAUGAAGUUCCAGUGGGAUCUUAAUGCCUGGACCAAGAGUGCGGAGACCUUCGGAACAAUAGUCUCGGAGCGGAGCGGCACCCUGCAGGCCACAGCCCCCAACGCGCAGAUCCAGCGUGCUAACGCCACCGGCCCGGCGGCUGCAGGAGGAGGGGUGAAACCGGUCUCCGGCACUCCUCAGGUACUGGCUCCUCUUACGAAUGCCCCUUCCAUGGUCCCGAACCGGCCCGAGGCUGCUGUCUCCCAGAGCCAGCCUCCGCCUCUGCAGCCGCCAGUGCAGCCCACCCGGAUCCUCACGGACCCCGUGGUUAAGAGUGGUGCCGGCAGCACCUACGUACAGCCCAUGCAGCUCCAGUUGGUGCAACCCCGCGGUCUCCUACAGAUGAACGGCCAGCAGCAAGUCAUGGGCCAGCUGGUACUCCUGCCUCAGGUCAAUGGGACUCAGGGCGUGCAACAAGUCUCGGUGCAGUCCACCAUCGUCAGCAAGGGACAGCUGGCCCCAGGAGCCCUGCUGCAGCCCAUAGUCUCUCCCAACAGCCAGGCAGACUGCUUCAUCAGUGAGGGUAGCGCCCCAGCAUCCUCCGCUGUGCAGCCCAUGGACACCCAGGAGGAAGGCAUUGGAGACCUGGCAGACAGCACUGAGGCCCACGUAUCGGGAAUGAAGAGGCCCAGGCCUUCGGACGGCAAUGUCAUGCGCAAGGUGCCGCGGGUGAGCCUGGAGCGGCUGGACCUGGACCUGACUGCCGACAGCCAGCCGCCUGUCUUCAAGGUCUUCCCCGGCAACAGUAACGAGGACUACAACCUGAUCGUCAUUGAGCGUGGGGCCCAGCAGGCUGCCGCCCAGGCCCCCAGCACCACCCUGCCCGGAGCCAUAGUCAAGGAGGAGCAGAUGGAGGCAGCAAUAGACUGUCCAGCAGAGGAGCCCAGAGACACCAAGCCCAUUGUCCUGCCCCAGGAUGUCCUGGCCGCAGAGGGCUCCGUAUCCCGCCUCAUCUCCCCCAGUGGCAGCAUCGGCUCCAGUCUGGAUGUGACGCCAGGCCAGAGCCAGGAGGGGGCCCUGGAGUCGGCCAAUGCUGCCCACUGCAGAGUGUGCCGGAAGGCGGGCUCCGUUGUGAUGUGUAACCAGUGUGAGCAGUGCUACCAUUUGGACUGCCACCUCCCGGUGCUUCAGGAGAUCCCCAGUCAGGAGUGGAAGUGCCUGCUGUGCCAGGAACUGCCGGCGCCUGGUGAGGAGGACGGCACCAACUUCUCCACCUCAGAAGAUGACGAGGGCCCCAAUAAACUCUCCCCCUUGGAGCAGAGGAAGUGUGAGCGUGUCCUGCUGGAGCUGCUGUGCCAUGAGCCGUGCCGGCCUCUCCACCGGCUUUCGACCGCCACUGAGGGUCAGGACACCAUCGACCUGACUCUGAUCCGAGCCAAGCUGCAGGAGAAGCUCUCCCCACCCUACAGCUCCUCCGAGGAGUUUGCCCAGGAUGUCUGGCGGAUGAUCAAGCAGUUUAACAAGCUGACGGAGGACAAGGAGGAUGUCCAGUCCAUCAUCGGGCUGCAGCGCUUCUUUGAGGCCAAGUGGAGCGCCUCCUUCGGUGACCGGAAGUUCUCCUCUGCGCUGGUGGAGCCCAUCCCGCUGGAUGAGCAGCGGAGUGAGAGUGGCAGCAGCUUCACCCAUCGCAGCUCCCCUGCCGGCUCCCUGGGCGAGGCCCCCGCUGUCUCGGCAGGUGCUGGGGAGGAGGAGUGAGGGGCUGGCCUGCAUUGACCGGAGCAGCCGCCCAGUGUCCCACAGGCAAUGACCAAAAGCGCCUGGGACUCGCCCAUUGCCCCUGGUCGCAUGGCAGCAGCGGGAUGUCCUGCCCCCCACUCCAGUUGAAAUUGUUUUGUUGAUGGGGAGCCCUCUCCUCCCCAUGCCCGUUCCUCUCUGCCAGGAAGUCGUCACACAUGGUUUGCAUUGAGGGUCACACACCUGCCUCCUGCUCCGGCACUGCCCUCUGCCUUGACUGCAGGUGGGCGGCAUGCACACAGGCUCCCCCAUCUUUCCUCUUUCAGGCCAGGGUGGGUGGGGGGAGCUAUCUGCAGGCAGGGUCAGGCUGGGGGGUCAUGGCUGGGUUUGGUGGAGUGCUAGGCAUUGGGCCCUCAUCCUUGCCCGUGCUGGGGACCUAGCCCAGCACCUGGGCUCACCUGCCCUGAUUGUGGGGUGCUUGGCAGAGGUGCAUGGGAUCUUGGGGUGAUUGUAGGGGGGGCUCUGUGGGGGCAGGGGGCUCAGUGAGGAAAAGGCUGGCGGCGUUGGUUCCCAACAGUUUGUCUUGCUGGGAAGCUCCCUGGGUUUGCCCUCGUGCUCCAUGUUCAUCUCAACAUCCCCUGCACAAGCCUUUCCCUUCAAAGCUAUUCCAAGCCACUGUCGGCGCUCUAGCUGUGUCCCUUCUCUCCCCUCCCCCUGCUUGCAAUGCCAGUGUGCUCCCUCCCCUCACCCGUGCCAGGGGAAGCUGCGGUUCAGUGGUUUUGUAACUGAUGCCCGAGGUGGGACCAUUCCGAGUCCUCUACUUGUCCUGCAGGGCAGCCACUUUCUGGCCUGGUUCUUUGUCUCUCUCCAGCGUGCAACAGGAUCCCAGGCUGGGCUUUGCUUGUAUAUUUUAGAUGGCUUCUUUCGUGUCCCCGAUAACUGUUUGCGACCUGUGCGAUGGAAACUUGUUUCUCUGAGAACGGAAUAAAUCUUGAGUUUUAUGUA